AUGAAUCAUGGUUCACCUGGUUCGCCUCCCCAUGUGAUCAACAACACCAUCGAUUGGGAUAAAUUGCAGCCGCUUAAUGCUGAAAAUGCUCGAUUUCAAACAGAUCACUUAACAUGGAAUGAGGUACUACACGACCCAGAGUCUAGUCCUCAGCCAAAUAUACACACCGAAGCAGAUAGAUUGAGAUCACCGACAGAUUCCACCCUCAAACAAGAAGACAUGAAAGUCGAAGCAAGCAGUCAAGCUAAAGUUGCAAGAAAGAGACCAAAACGAAAGGCAACUGAAGCUUCUUUGCUUUCAGGGAAAAAAUACUACAAUAAGAUCAAAUCGGAUCCUGAGAAAUGGCGAACAUACAAGGAGAAAAAGAGAGAGUGGUAUAAGGGGUAUGUCGCAAAACAACCCGAACAGAAGAAACAGGAAAUUCGCGCAAGAAAGGAAAGAGAAAGGAAAGCAAGACUUAAGGUCAGACAAGCAGACCCGACCAAAAGAGCAAGACCAAAUUCAAGAAUGAAACUUCGUGCAAAAAUUAAAGAUAAUACGGCAACGGAAGCGGAAAUAGAAAAGUAUAAAUAUCUAUUAGAGAAAGACAGACUAUAUCAUCAAGAAGUGAAAAUGAAACAAAUGCAAUCAGCGGUCACUUUUGUCUCUGCAAGACCGAUGGAUCGAGAUUCACGACCAAAUGAUCGGUCAGCGAACGGAAGAAGUGCUCUGCAACAGCCUGAGAUCCGAACGAGUGACCAUGAGUUUCUUCACUCCGGAAUAGGUCCUAGACUUCUAGGGUUUGAAUCUUUAGAUAAAGCCACCACUCCAAAACAAGAAAAUCAUUCCCAGCUGACACCGAUUCAAAUCAAGAAUAAGAAAUAUUAUCGUAAAAUUAGAGAAGAUCCUACGUCGUGGGAGGCAUACAAAGCGAAGAAGAGAACUUUGAGGGAAAAACGAAUGAAGGAUUUGCCAGCAGAACAAUUAGAUAGAAUACGCAUGCAAACACUGAAAAGAGUUCAGAAAUGGAGACUUACGCAAAAAUCUCAGAGAAAAGGUUCUCGAUCCAAUGCAAGGACUCGAUUUCGAGAUAAUCUCAAGUCAGGUACUGCAACGGUUGCGGAUUUGGAAAGCUAUUUCUCGCUUUUUAAAAUCAUUAAUGCUGUUCAGUUAGGCAUUGACUUGAACGAGCCUUUGGCGCAAGGAGGGGAUUUGUGGCCUAUGGGCAACGACUCUGGUCAAGGCUCUCCUCCAGAAGGCGUCCUUCUUAAGGAGACCACAGAUGCAACUUCGCAAGCGACAGGGCACCUCAAAGUACGGGCAAAAAUCCAUAAAGCAAUGAAGAGAAAGCACAGCCAAACAUAUCUGAAAAAUUUGAGAGCUGAUCCUAAAAGAUAUGAGAUAUACCUCGCUAAAAAGAACAGUUACGAGCAACAACGUAGAAAGGAUAUGACACCAGAGGAGAAAAAAAAUUUUGUUAGUCGUAAUAAAAUAUAUCAGCACAGGUAUUAUACAAAGAAGAAGCAGAGUGACCCAAACUUUCGACGUCAAGGCCAAAGGCCCGCUCUGCGUAAGGAAAUUGAGCAAGGCACUGCAACUGAACAGCAGAUCAAAACAUACAACCAAUUGUUAGAGACAGAUAAGCGCUAUCAAGCUAAUAAAAGAGCUAAAAGAAUGAUGCAAGAACAGAAAGAUGAGACCAUCAAUAAAGAACAUCAUACAGGCUAG